CUGGCAUUCCCAGCAACAUGACCCGCUAAGGACCAGCUUAAACCAGCAUCAAAACAUACCUACCAGCAUAUGCUGUUUUUUCAGCAAACGAUUAAGUCAUCAAUUAUUAGUCGUCCAAAAGGUGGACUGACGGAGAGCAAAUACUCUCUCAAAAACUUAAAUGUGAGAAAAUAAGAUUGCUUAUUUCCUGGAAGUGAAAAUAAACAAAGUGUUCGCACCUGGCACAGCUUCAAGUGUGACCACUGAAGGGCUGCACUGUCGCCUCUGUAAAUGCAAACAGGACAGAUCUCAUUCUGCAGUGUCAGACGGAGGCACUGCCGUUCAGCGCUGCACUGACUCAUUUACUAGAAGCUACACUUGGACUCCAGCCGAUAUGUAACGUGUUAAAUGUCACAACUACUUUAAACGAGGCAUUCCAUUGUAUUGACCGAAUUUUGCUGAAAUGCUUUAAUGUGCAUCGUGGAUGGUAUUUUUCAGUCUGUAAGGAACUGAAGGGUUGAUACAUCAAAUGGUCGUGUCACAGAUUUCCGGAGGCAUACAUUCCAAAACACGACUUAAGUAAUUGUGAGUAAUUGUGCUACAGGUGUUCAGUUGCGUGUGUAUCUUAAACACAGAAACCGGUUUGUUUUUCCAUCUUGCUCUACCGAAUUUUGCGUGUCUGCGUCGUUUUUUAAUCUCUGUACGGAAUAUACAUAUCAACGCAUCUAUGUCGAACUAAAGGACAGAUGGAAAAAGGCAAAUUUAAAGUGCUUCUUUCACUAUUUAUUAUCAGUAUAAUUGGCAUGCUAGUUUUUGUGCACCUUAACAGUCCUACAUAUUACAUUCAAGCUCCUCCAACAAAAAGAGCUCCUCCACCAAUAAAAGCUCCUCCAUUAGAAAAUAAGUUAAAAAUCCCAGAGGCUUCAUAUUCAAUAACGCCCAUCAGAGGCUCAAAGCAUUUUAUGGUGUCUGCGUUUAUCGACCACAGACUGGACGGGGUCAUUCGAGUCAUCAGCAUAAUCAACAGAAGCAGUCUUCAGCCACUGUACUGUGUUUACUGCAGCGCCAAACAAGUCUGCAAAACUGUUCACACUGAUGUCCAGAUACACAGCGACCACUUUAGAUUCCCAUAUGGUGCCUCAGAUGUGAUUUGUAAAGGUGAACACAUGCAAAAUGCGACUCAUGUCCUCAUAACAACUAAUGAGAAAGGUUCAGCGGAUCUCAAAAUGGAAUAUCUGCCAAUAAAAAAUAAGGUCGUGCAAGAGACUUUCAAGUUUAACUUCACCAUUUGCAUCUCUAACCUUUUUGGAGACUACAACAAUGUACUGCAGUUUGCUCAAACGAUGGAGAUGUACAAGCUUCUGGGUGUACAGCAUGUGGUCGUCUAUAAAACUAGCUGUGGACCGGACUUGGAAAAGCUCUUAAAACAUUAUGAAACAGAGGGGAUGCUGGAGAUCGUUUCAUGGCCUAUCGACAAGUUUCUGAAUCCGUCAAGAGGCUGGAACAUCAAGCUGCACAAAGGAGACAUUCAGUAUUACGGUCAGUUAGUAACACUCAACGAGUGCAUUUACAGGCACAUGUACCAAUCCAAGUACGUUCUCCUGAAUGACAUUGAUGAAAUCAUCAUGCCUUACAAACACGCCAAGUUACCACCUCUUAUGGAGGACCUCCAGUCUGCUCAUCCCAAUAUAGGGGUGUUCCUCAUAGAGAACCACAUAUUCCCUAAAACACAGUUUGAGGAGAGUGGGAAGUUCAAACGUGCAGAAUGGAAGAAUAUUCCCGGUGUCAAUAUCAUGGAGCACAUCUACCGAGAACCUCCUCGAAAGAACAUUUACAAUCCCACAAAGAUGAUUGUCAACCCAAGGAAGGUGCAGCAAACCUCAGUACAUUCCACUUUGAAAGACUUUGGAGGCAGUUUCCAUGUACCGUUUAAUGUAUGUAGGAUUGUACAUGUGAGAGUCCCACUGCAGGGGCGUCUUACCAAAGAGCAACUAUCUGUGGACAAAAGAGUUUGGGACUUUGAGCAAGAACUGAUACAGAACAUUGACCAAACUUUAAAACUUUCUGGUUUCCUUUAGGUUUCCAGUUGACAUGUUUGUAUAGUAUUAAUGUAAAUAUGCAAAUACAGCCAAAAUGGUAUAGCCAAAAUUGUAUUUUUGUAAAAACAGGAUGUUCAUAUUAUUAUUAUUAUUAUUAAUAAUAAUAAUAAUAAUAAUAAUAAUAAUAAUAAUACACUGGUAACUGAGAUGUGAAAGCAUGAGUAUUUGUCAAAUGAUGUCAAGCCAAUAUUUUAUGCAGAGAUCACAGUAUUUGGUAAAAAAAAAAAAAAUGGUAAUACAAUAAUAUGCAUGGUUAUAAAUUGCAAAAAUGUAUUUUGCUUACCCCAUUGGCAAAAACUCACUUAAUUGUUUUUCUGAAAACAAGACCAUUUUUACUUGUCUAGAAUAUUCUGACUGGAAACAAGACAAAGAUGUAAGUAAGAAAAGCAUUUGCAGUGUACUGUAUGGAGUUGAUGAAGGAAAAUAUGUUAAUAUUCUUGAAACACAUCAAAUUAAAGAAUUUUGUCAAUGCCAGAAUGUUUUGUCUUUCUGUGUGGUUCAUAAACUGAGAAAUCAAAAUUCCCUUUAUCUUUUGACAGUUGUACUAGGUCUUUGAUCAUUGUACUAUAAAACAUCCUCUAAGUUUCAGAACUCAAAACUUUUUUGUUAGUCUAAAAACAAAAACAAAAGGUUGAGGA